AUGGAUCCCUUUGGUACCUCCACACUCGCUUUCUCUGUCAUCAGCCUGGGAGUUGUGUUUGGUCGCUCUUUACAUAGGGCAGGGCCUCUCGACUACGCCGAGUGGAAGAAGUGCGUUCGUCUCGGCAAGGACAAGAAAUUCCAUGGCGUCUGGGAUAUCCCACUCACCCGAGAUGGAGAAUGGGAUUCUCACACGGAUGAACUCAUCGGGGGACGCAAUGACAAUCCUCCUGUCCUACCGCCACAAGAUGCAGACAGCAUUCGCCUCACGAUACACGAGGGACGUGAGGAUGGCCUAGUCGCCUCUGACAUCGAGGAUGCUUCAGGCUUUACGGCACUCUCAUUUCAGUGGAGAAAAGACGGUCAUGAUCCGUGGUAUCACAUCAAGACGUACGAAACAUCUUCACCCGCACGUGUACAUAGGUACAUCCGUGUCUUUGAGGGCCAGAACCAGAGACGCCAAGUCGAAAUAGAAUGCCGCACAUUUGUGAUUCCUAGACUUGCUGAGGAACUUGGCCGUAAACCCUCCGCCCACCAGUUCCUUCUGGCAACGAGGCUAUCCACGGGACUCAAAGCACUUGACGCACAUUAUCGCCCCAUCAGAGCAGAUGAGAACUGGAAACAAGCCUUUCUCCUACAAUUCCACCACGCAUGCCUAUGUUCCUUUGCCAGUUUCCUCGCAAGUCUAGCCGAGUUGCGACUCUGGAAUCUCAAAGAGAUCACCAAAUACUCGUACGAGUGCCGAAGGUUGCGAGAGAUAAGCCAGGAACUUAUUUCAACCACCGAAUCGUUGAUCGACGUCGUCAAUGGUUCACCCACCGUGGCUGGAGCACCCCAAACGGCGAUCAAAUUCAUGGCCAUUGAGGCAGAGUUACGUGGCUAUUGUCGAGAAGUCAAGGAGCGGCUACAGAAACUCUCAGAUGGUCUUGAGCACGACCUCAAGUUCCUCGAGCUAGCCAGAAACGUAAACCAGACUCGGGGCGUUCAGCAACUUACCCUUCUCGCCACCAUCUUUCUGCCACUGUCACUCGCCGCUGGGGUCCUCAGCAUGCAGACCCGAUUCAAGGAUCUGGGAAGUCUACUCUACGACUUCUUUGGUGUUGUGAUGUUGCUUGGGGCCAUUGUCGUCAUCAUUUUCAUAAUCAUGACAACCAUUGCCGUCAUCAAGGAAGCAGAGAGCAGACUCACGCAGUAUUCCUUCUACAGGGAAGAUCUUCGACACAGAGUUAUCAACUUGCUGAUACUAGGCCUCUUCUCAUACGGCAGCCUGAUUCUCUCCUCAUUUCUCGUCGGCAUGUUCAAAGAUGUUGCUCUCGGCGCCAAGGUUCUCGGCUAUGGGAGCGCAGCAGCAGUUGGGCUGGUACUACUACUUAUUCUUCCCGCUGUUCUUGCGCUUUCAUUCUUCUGGAUUUCUUCUCGUGCUUCACCCAGGCCGAGGGAACAAAAGGGAAAGAAGACGAGCGUUGAUGGCCCAGAAGGUACAGUCGAAGACAUUCAGCUAGAGGUGAUGGCUCCUCCAGGACACCAGAGCUUGGAAGGCAUUGCCAUAGUAGGUAGCGAGACGAGAUGA